ACUUCAUUUCUUGUUGUGCCUUCUCAUUCCCCCGCAUGGCCCAAGAUGACAACACGUCACUGUCAAGAGAUAAGGGAAGCGUCGCAUGUCUUUCCGCAAGGAGGCUCUUUCCCAGAUGGCCAGACACGACCUUAGUAACCUGCAUCAAGCGCCCAUGCCCUUAUCUCCAACUUGACCGAUAUAAGUAUAUGGCGUAAAAGAAGCGUAAGUUGAAGAACCCCGUGUCGUAUUCGAAAAUGUCGAUCAGCUCGGAGAAGCAGGCGCAAGUCAGCGUCAACACUACCAGCGUCAAGGGCUACUCCACUCCACCACGCAAUGCAGACGAUACACUACUCGCUGAACUUGGCUACAAAGCCGAAUUCAAGCGCGAGUUCUCGAUGAUCGAGACAAUUGCUUUUGCCUUUUCAAUCAUGGGUGUGGUGGCCUCGGUAUCAUCGACAUUCUCAUUUCCAUUGGUCUCAGGUGGUCACGUUGGAAUGGUCUGGGGAUGGCUGAUUCCCUGUUUCUUUGUGAUGGCGGUGGCAUCUUCAAUGGCAGAGCUGGUAUCAUCAAUGCCGACUUCUGCUGGCCUUUAUUACUUUUCCGCUAAACUCGCACCUCCGAAAUACUCUGCAUUAGCGAGCUGGAUCACAGGAUGGGCCAACAUCACGGGCCAAGUCACUCUCGUGUGUUCCAUCGACUUUACAUGUGCACAGAUGAUCACUACCGCGAUUGCGGUGAGCUCUGAUGGAGCAACGAUAGUGAGCUCUGGUGCCACAUACGGCAUCUUACUUGCCAUUCUAUUUGCACAUGGCCUAGUGUGCUCUGCUGCCACGAACGUAUUGGCCCGCUUAAAUCUGUUUUACGUGAUUGUCAACGUUGGUACCACUAUAGCCGCCAUCAUUGCAUUACUUGUCUGUUCUGGUGAUAACAAAGUAUCUACACAAGAUGCCUUCACUAUGUUCGAGAACAACACAGGAUGGAGCAACAAUGGAUGGGCUUUCCUUCUUGCUUUCACGGCUCCAAUGUGGACGCUCACGGGCUAUGACUCUGCUGCGCACAUCGCUGAAGAGGUAGCCGGUGCUCAGCGUACAGCGCCCAUUGCAAUCCUCGUGGGUGUGUUCGGGACGCAAGUACUGGGCUGGCUUCUCUUCAUCGCAUGCUCCUUUGCAACGGCUUCAGUGACCGACUUGUUGUCUGGCGCCUUACCACUUCCCAUGGGCCAGCUCUUUUUGGAUGUACUUGGAAAAAGAGGGAUGCUGGCAAUAUGGAGUCUUAUCAUUGUUGUCCAGUUCGUGACGGGAGCUGCACAAGGAGUCGAUGCAUCUCGUGUCGUGUUUGCUUUUGCGAGAGAUAACGCUCUUCCCGGUUCUCGUUGGUGGAAGCGGAUCAAUCGGCGCACGCAAACUCCUGUAAAUGCUGUCUGGUUGGUAAUGGCUGGUGCCGCCGUUUGUGGCUUGUUAGGUUUCUCCGCUGCCGCACUUUCAUCUCUUGCAGGGGCCUCCGUCAUCGGCUUGUACGUGUCUUAUGCAACGCCUAUCUUCCUUCGUAUCACAUCGGGCCGUGAUAAGCUGGUCCCUGGCACAUUCAGCCUGGGAAGGUGGUAUAUACCUAUUGGGAUCAUAGCGGUUGCAUGGGUAUCAUUCAUUGUUGUUUUAUUACUGUUUCCCCCAACACAAACAACCACCCCGGCGGGGAUGAACUACGCUGUCGUGAUUAUCAUGGGCGUUUUCGUCUUUGCGUCUAUCUCUUGGAUUGUUUCAGCGCACAAGUGGUUCCAUGGCCCGAUCAAGAAUAUUGACGAUCCCAGAUCGUCUUUAGAGGGGAAAGAGCUUUGAAGGGUGAUAUUUGGUCCGUUGUCAAAGCACAUUUGUAGAUGCUAGUGGCGUAGAUGCAAUCAAAUAUGGUGCUCUAAAUAUGGUGCGUUGCACCUGUGGAAGACUACUAAGUUGAAACAGAGAAGCAAUGCAGUACUUCCUGCGCUUGUCUAUAUGUUGUCACAAAUCAAGAAUAUAGGGUUACCAGCGUCCGAUGAACGGGCC